CUAAAUUGCAAAGUACAUUACAUUGCAAAUUGUAAGAACAUUACAAAGGAAGGAUACAGCUUCUAAAUCAUGUACGACCCAGAUGUAAAGUACCAGCCAUGCAGUACCACGGAUUCAACAGAAGGUGAUCAUAUUGCCAUGGCGCUAAAGAAUUCUCAUACAAUGGUUCAAGUGAUAGAUCCGGUUCAAAAUGGCCUCGGCAGAUCAGAUAAUCCAAAGAGAUCUUUACAAGGUUCUACCCUGAGCUUCCAUAAUGUCAACUACAAUGUCAAGAUAAAGACUGGACUGAUAUGCCGAAGAAAAGUUGUCAAGAGACAGAUUCUAACUGAUGCCAAUGGGAUUAUGAGACCUGGUCUAAAUGCAAUUUUGGGUCCUACUGGCAGUGGGAAAUCAUCGCUUUUGGAUGUUCUUGCUGCCAGGAAGGAUCCGCGUGGGCUUUCUGGUGAGGUGCUAAUAGAUGGAAAUCCACAACCACCAAACUUCAAGUGCCUCUCUGGCUACGUAGUACAGGAUGAUGUUGUGAUGGGGACUUUGACUGUUCGAGAGAACUUGCAAUUCUCUGCAGCCUUGAGGUUACCCAGAUCACUGAAGCAGAAGGAUAAGGAUGAGCGUAUCAAUCAGAUCAUCAAGGAACUGGGACUGACUAAAGUGGCUGACUCCAAGGUUGGUACCCAGCUGAUUCGUGGGGUGUCUGGAGGAGAAAGAAAAAGAACCAACAUUGGUAUGGAGCUCAUCACUGAUCCUGGAAUUUUGUUCUUGGAUGAACCUACUACUGGUUUGGAUGCCAGCACAGCUAAUGCUGUUCUUUUGCUGCUGAAAAGGAUGUCAAGGCAAGGCAAGACUAUAAUCUUCUCCAUACACCAGCCUCGCUACUCCAUCUUCAGACUGUUUGAUACCCUGACCCUGCUGGCUGGGGGUAAAAUGCUGUACCAUGGGCCUUCUGACUAUGCACUGGAUUACUUUUCACAACUAGGAUAUAACUGCGAAGAGCACAAUAAUCCUGCCGACUUUUUCCUUGAUAUUAUUAAUGGAGACUCAACAGCAGUUGCCUUAAACAAACUUGAGGAUGUGAAUCUAGAGGAGCCAAAUGACAGUGGCAAUCCAACAGUGGUAGAUAAACUGGCAAAUGAUUUCUGCAAUACCAGUUAUUAUAAGGAGACUAAAGCUGAGCUGGAGAAAAUGUCAAGUGGGGAAAAAGUGAAGACUAAUUUCUUUUCCCGGCAAAUCACAUACAACACUUCUGUCUUCCAUCAGAUAAAAUGGCUCUGUAAGAGGUCCUCUAAAAACCUUGUGCGUAAUCCUCAGGCUUCAGUCGCCCAGAUAAUGGUUAGUCUUAUUCUUGCGCUCAUUGUUGGAGCCAUCUUCUUUGGUGUAAAAGAUGAUGAGAACGGAAUCCAAAACAGAGUUGGAUCUUUGUUCUUCAUAACCACAAACCAGUGUUUCAGCAGUGUAUCUGCCAUUGAGCUCUUCAUCGUGGAGAAGAAAUUAUUCAUACAUGAGUACAUCAGUGGAUACUACAGACUGUCCGCAUACUUCAUCUCCAAGCUGUUUGCAGAUUUGCUUCCCAUGAGGACAAUGCCAAGCAUUAUUUUUACAUGCAUUAUCUAUUUCAUGAUUGGUUUCAAGCCUACAGCAGGAUGUUUCUUCAUUAUGAUGUUCACCUUGAUGUUGAUUUCCUACACCGCUACCUCCAUGGCUUUAGCCAUUGCAGCUGGUCAGGAUGUGGUUGCUGUCGCUAAUCUUCUUAUGACCAUAAGCUUUGUCUUCAUGAUUAUAUUUUCAGGCUUACUGGUGAACGUAACCUCCAUUAUGAGUUGGCUGUCUUGGCUCAAGUACUUCAGCAUUCCUCGUUAUGGUCUGACUGCUCUGCAAGCAAACGAAUUUCCAGGGCAAUUUUUCUGCAGAAAUAUCACAGAGUAUACGUGCAAUGCAAGCAGCCCUCUUCUCUUGACCACAGGAGAGAACUAUCUUUACAAUCAAGGCAUUGACUACACCCCCUGGGGCUUGUGGCAGAACCACUUAGCACUGGCUAUCAUGACCCUGAUAUUCCUCCUAAUCGCCUACCUGAAGCUGAAUUUCAUGAAGAAGCUCACAUAGACUGAACCAACAGUAGCCUUUUAACUUGCCAUUAAAGGGAGUCUUUCACCUAAACUGACCAUUAUAGAACACUAACACCAUGAUCUGCAUUAUAGUCCCCAUAUUGGAAUGCUACAUACCGUAUAGCUGUCUGUCGCCUAUUUUCGCUAAAAAACACUUUUAUUCAAUAUGUUAAUUAGGUUCUGAAGGUGCCCAGGGGCGGCGUUCAUGCGGCCGAUGCCCAGGCCCCUCGUCACUUUUCAUAUGAAACCCCCUCCCCUUUCAC